CGUGCAACAUUGAAAGUUAUAUCAUUCGGAUUCUUCAAAGAGAUCGUUUAUGUAAAAAAACUAAUGCAGUGCACGGUUAUAUGAGUAUUAUUGAAAACAUACAAAUCCAGGCAACUAGAAUUCCAAUGCGAGUGACUCUAAACGAACCAGAUCGAAGUAACUUGUACUAGCGCACCUUGACUGCAUCGGAAUACAGUUGUAAAAAUGGUCGAAGACAACACACAAUAUAGGAAGACUGGUAAACUGGAAGGACGUUACCAAAGAGACUUGUUCCAGGUCCACUUGCUCAUGUUGAUUUAUGAAGGAGCUGCCCAUGAUAACAGUUUCACAAAUUUCCGCUUAGCAACCGAAUGGGAAGAUGCCGGAAAAAUCGGCGAUGCAGUACUGGCAUGGGAAACAGAUGAAAGUAAAACUCAACAUUAUUGGUUCGUCGGAGCCAAGUACAAGCAGUCUUCUGAAAUCAACGAAACAAAAUUUUUUCCGGUGAAGUAUGGGGAGAAGGUAAAGGGAGAGUUUUCGAUGUACAAAUAUUUGCAAUCGUUUUAUGACAUUAUGAACAACAGUAAGUUCAAUGGUGGGAACCUUGAUUUUGUGAUAUAUACGAAUGCAAAAUUAAAUAAUAGUUCAGGGUGGUUCAUCGAAGCUGGUAUCCAACCUACAAGUGCUCUGAAUUUGCUAGGAGGCAGCGGAGAGUAUUUUAAGGUACAAUAUACCGAUGAACGCAUAAAGACUUUAUUAGAUUUUAGCAACAAAGAUUUCAACGAUUUAGUAGAAGAGCUAGAAAAUGCCUUCAAAUAUAGCAAUGAAAAGAUUAAAACCGAUUUAAUUAAAAAGUACAGCGCUGAAUUAGACAAUCAAGUGCUUUUUGUUAGAAAAGGUGUGGUUCGGUUGACUUCACGAUUCAAGAAAAAUGAAAAUUUGAGCCCUGCCGAAAUGAAGCUAUAUGAAGUUUUUUCGAAGGGAGACAAAAUGAAAACUAUGAUAAGUGAAAAUAAGCAACUGAUUGAAGCGCUAACUUCUAAAAAACAAUCAAAGAGUAGACUUCAAUAUUUUGAGAAAGCAUAUGUCGAGAUGUUUCUUGAUAAAUUCAGCAUAGCCACUAAUCAACCAAACAACGAAGAACUUGAAAAACUCAUAAUAGAAAAAUUCAAGAGGACACAGAAUGAAUUGUAUGCCGAACUGAUGUACGCUCGUCUACAAAAAAUAAUCAAUAAUUGGUUGUACUGCAAGGAAAUUAAAUUUUGUCAUUUUCUAACGGUUACCGAAUUGACAGAACUCGCAGCGAAAGUCCAUUGUACUAUAGCAGAUUUGAAGUUGGAGAGCCUUUAGAAAAUUUGUUUUUUUCUAAUUUUCUAAUGGUUAAAAUACAAAAGUACCAAAGAAGGGUUUCUAACCUGUCUCAGGGUGUAUCAGUUUUUUAAUAACCAUAAACAAAACUAUUAACAGUUCGGCUGAAAAGUUCGUAUCGAUUAAUAGAAACACACAUUUUUUUGCCAAAAUUCGUUUUUAUUAUUCAACUUAAUUGCCACCAGAGGCGAUACAGCUAUAAUAGCGAUCUUCCAACUUUUCGAUACCAUUUUUGUAGUACGCUUUGUCCUUUGCCUCAAAAUAGGCCUCAGUUUCAGCGAUUACCUCUUCAUUGCUUCUAAUUUUUUUUUACCUGCGAGCAUUCUCUUGAGGUCUGAGAACAGGAAAAAGUCACUGGGGGGCAAAUCUGGAGAAUACGGUGGAUGAGGGAGCAAUUCGAAGCCCAAUUCGUUCAAUUUCAGCAUGGUUUUCAUCGACUUGUGACACGGUGCAUUGUUUUGUGAAAACAAAACUUUUUUCUUCUUCAAAUGAGGCCGUUUUGUUUUAAAUUUCGUCCUUCAAACGCUCUAAUAGCGCUAUAUAAUAGUCACUGUUGAUGGUUUUUCCCUUUUCAAGGUAGUCGAUGAAAAUUAUACCAUGUGAAUCCCAAAAUACAGACGCCAUAACCUUACCGGCCGAUUGUUGAGUCUUUCAGCUGACUGCGAUUGGACUCCGGAGUGAAGUGAUGGAGCCAUGUUUCGUCCAUUGUUAUAUAUCGACGAAAAGAAUCGGUUUUAUUUCGAUAUAACAGCUCCAAACACUGCUCAGAAUCAUCAAUUCGUUGUUGUUUUUGAUCGAUUGUGAGCUCACGCGGCACCCAUUUUGCACAAAGCUUUCUCAUAUCCAAAUAUUCGUGAAUAAUAUGUCCAACACGUUCCUUUGAUAUCUUUAGGGUGUCAGCUAUCUCGAUCAACUUCACUUUACGGUCAUUGAAAAUCAUUUUGUGGAUUUUUUUUCACGGUAACAGUCUCUUUUGGACGUCCACUGCGUUCAUCGUCUUCGGUGCUCAUAUGACCAGUACGAAAUUUUGCAAACCACUUACGAAUUGUUGCUUCGCCCGGUGCAGAGUCUGGAUAACACUCAUCAAGCCAUUUUUUGGUAUCGGCGGCACUUUUUUCAUCAAAAAGUAGUGUUUCAUCAACACACGAAAUUCCUUUUUUCCAUUUUUUUCACAAUAACAAAAGUUGCUUCACUCAAAAUGCAAUAUCUCACAAACUAAUAGUCAGACAGCUGUCAAAUUUAUACAUGUAUCUUUUGAAGGUUGAUACUAACUGAAAAUGGUAUGGAUUUAAUUCUAGUGGCGCCCUCUCAUAGAAACGAUACGAACUUUUCAGCCGAUCUGUUACUAUUUGAAACUAACAGACCCACCUCAAUUAAAUAGUUUCAAGCAUGUGAAUGUUCUACUGGACGAUAAUUGUCCAGAGCCUCAGGUCUUCUAUGACUUUCCCAAACCAGAUUCGGAAAGCAAUAAAAUCAAUCUUAUUUUCCUAAUUCCCACUGAAGAUUGCGUCAAAGAAUUCUUCAAAAAUCAACCUUCCCAUUUAAUUGAAUCAAUUCAAAGAACAACAUGAAUCUGUUGAGCGAAAGCUGAUAAAAACAAUCAUCCAUUAUCAGCUAUGGGGAAGACUACCCUUUGGAUGAACUUAGCUCACGUUGCAAAGAAGUUGCACCCUGCUAAGUGUAUUCGGACGACUUAACGAUCGAGAAGUAACCUUGAGUGUUAUAAUGCAUUUCUUUCAAUGGGUUCAAAAGCUGAAAGAAACAAAAUAAUCAAUGUGCCUUUGCUUUAUUAGUGCCAGUGAUCAGAUGAUCCUAUAUCACUUUCUGCAUUUCCGUAUAUCAGCGUUUCUGUAUUGCUGUGUAAACCGAAAUACACUAAUUCGUGAUCAAGCUCGAUGUCGUCAAUAUUCUACGAUACUUACUUUAUUUCAAAGGUACAAAUCCCGACUCCAGAACAUAAUACUGGUUUUGCGCCUGACUAUGGGGAUUCAGCUGAUGACGGAUUCCGUAAAAAUCUCUAUUAGAACUGCCGCAACACACCUUUUUACCUCAAGGCCAACAACCAACUAUAUCAAUACCGUUCGCAAAACCAAAAAGCAUGGGAGUACCUUCGAGCGCUGUAUUAAACAGCAAAUUAGAGAGCGCAUCCACCUAACAUCAUAAAUGCAUAUUUUUCAGUCUUAUCUCCAAAUAGUCCAGCUUGUUUCUCUUCCGUGAGAAACCCGGCUACAAAAUAAUCUGGUUCUUACAAAUCAAGGUCACAAUAAUAGUAAACUAAUUACCCAUGUGGACUUUGACUCAGACCAUU